AUGCCACCUCAUAUCCACACUGCCUCACACCAUCAUGCCACCUCACAUCCACACUGCCUCACACCAUCAUGUCACCUCAUAUCCACACUGCCUCACACCAUCAAGCCACCUCAUAUCCACACUGCCUCACACCAUCAUGUCACCUCAUAUCCACACAGCUUCACACCAUCAUGUCACCUCAUAUCCACACUGCCUCACACCAUCAUGCUACUUCAUAUCCACACUGCUUCACACCAUCAUGCCACCCCAUAUCCACACUGCCUCACACCAUCAAGCCACCUUAUAUCCACACUGCCUCACACCAUCAUGUCACCUCAUAUCCACACAGCUUCACACCAUCAUGUCACCUCAUAUCCACACUGCCUCACACCAUCAUGCUACCUCAUAUAUACACUGCCUCACACCAUCAUGUCACCUCAAAUCCACACUGCCUCACACCAUCAUACCACCUCAUAUAUACACUGCCUCACACCAUCAUACCACCUCAUAUAUACAUUGCUUCACACCAUCAUGUCACCUCAAAUCCACACUGCCUCACACCAUCAUACCACCUCAUAUAUACACUGCCUCACACCAUCAUACCACCUCAUAUCCACACUAUCUCACACCAUCACGCUACCUUCUAUCCACAUUUCCUCACACCAUCAAGCCACCUCAUAUCAACACUGCCUCACGCCAUCAUGUCACCUCAUAUCCACACUGCCUCACGCCAUCAUGCUACCUCAUAUCCACACUGCCUCACACCAUCAUGCUACCUCAUAUCCACACUGCCUCACGCCAUCAUGCCACCUCAUAUCCAAACUGCCUCACACCAUCAAGUCACCUCAUAUCCACACUGCCUCACACCAUAAUGUCACCUCAUAUCCACACUGCCUCACACCAUCAAGCCACCUCAUAUCCACACUGCCUCACACCAUCAAGCCACCUCAUAUCGACACUGCCUCACACCAUCAUGCCACCUCAUAUCCACACUGCCUCACACCAUCAUGCCACCUCAUAUCCACACUGCCUCACACCAUCAUACCACAUUCUGUCCACACUGCCUCACACCAUCAUGUCACCUCAUAUCCACAUGCCUCACACCAGCAUGCCGCCUCGUAUACACACUGCCUCACACCACCAUACCACCUCAUAUCCACACUGUCUCACACCACCAUGUCACCUCAUAUCCACACUGUCUCUCACCAUCAUACCACCUCCUAUCCACACUGCCUCACACUAUCAUAUCACCUCAUACCAUCAUGCCACCUCCUAUCCACACUGCCUCACACCAUCAUGCCACCUCAUAUCCACACUGCCUCAUAUCAUCAUGCCACUUCAUAUCCACACUGCCUCACAACAUCAUGCCACCUCAUAUCCACACUGCCUCACAACAUCAUGUCACCUCCUAUCCACACUGCCUCACACCAUCAUGUCACCCCAUAUCCAUACUGCCUCACACCAUCAAGCCACCUCAUAUCCACACUGCCUCACACAAUCAUGCCACCUCCUAUCCACACUGCCUCACAACAUCAUGCCACCUCAUAUCCACACUGCCUCACACCAUCAAGCCACCUUAUAUCCACACUACCUCACACCAUCAUGCCACCUCAUAUCCACAUUGCCUCACACCAUCAAGCCACCUUAUAUCCACACUGCCUCACACCAUCAUGCCACCUCAUAUCCACACUGCCUCACACCAUCAAGCCACCUCAUAUCCACACUGCCUCACACCAUCAAGCCUCCUUAUAUCCACACUGCCUCACACCAUCAUGUCACCUCAUAUAUCCACACUGCCUCUCACCAGCAAGCCACCUUAUAUCCACACUGCCUCACACCAUCAAGCCACCUCAUAUCCACACUGCCUCACACCAUCAUGCCACCUCAUAUAUACACUGCCUCACACCAUCAUGCCACCUCAUAUAUACACUGCCUCACACCAUCAUGUCACCUCAUAUCCACACUGCCUCACACCAUCAAGCCACCUCCUCACACCAUCUUGUCACCUCAUAUCCACACUGCCUCACGCCAUCACGCUAUCUCCUAUCCACACUUCCUCACACCAUCAAGCCACCGCAUGUCCACACUGCCUCACGCCAGCAUGCUACCUCAUAUAUACAUUGCCUAACACCAUCAUGCUACCUCAUAUCCACACUGCCUCACGCCAUCACGCUACCUCCUAUCCACACUUCCUCACAACAUCAAACCACCUCAUAUCAACACUGCCUCACGCCAUCAUGUCACCUCAUAUCCACACUGCCUCACGCCAUCAUGCUACCUCAUAUAUACAUUGCCUCACACCAUCAUGCUACCUCAUAUCCACACUGUCUCACACCAUCAUGCCACCUCAUAUAUACACUGCCUCACACUAUCAUAUCACCCCAUAUCCACACUGCCUCACACCAUAAUGUCACCUCAUAUCCACACUGCCUCACACCAUCAUAUCACCCCAUAUCCACACUGCCUCACACCAUAAUGUCACCUCAUAUCCACACUGCCUCACACCAUCAUGUCACCCCAUAUCCACACUGCCUCACACCAUCAUGUCACCUCAUAUUCAUACUGCCUCACGCCAUCAUGCUACCUCAUAUCCAAACUGCCUCACACCAUCAUGUCACCCCAUAUCCACACUGCCUCACACCAUCAAGUCACCUCAUAUUUACACUGCCUCACGCCAUCAUGCUACCUCAUAUCCACACUGCCUCACACCAUCAUGUCACCUUAUAUUCACACUACCUCACACCAUCAUGCUACCUCAUAUAUACACUGCCUCACACCAUCAUGUCACCUCAUAUCCACACUACCUCACACCAUCAUACCACCUCAUAUAUACAUUGCCUCACACCAUCAAGCCACCCCAUAUCCACACUGCCUCACACCAUCAUGCUACCUCAUAUAUACACUGCCUCAGACCAUCAUGUCACCCUAUAUCCACACUGCCUCACACCAUCAUACCACCUCAUAUAUACACUGCCUCACACCAUCAAGCCACCUCAUAAUAUGGUCACUGCUCCGAGCCAUCAUACCAUCUAA